CGAGAUGGCUGCUCGAGAGGUUCUGCAGCUCUCGUCCGCUCCCCGGCCUCUAGCCCUAGCGUGGCCUGUCGGCCCCUACACCAUCUGACCCCAUGAACGAGCAGCCCAGGCCAUGCUCCAGCCGGACUCCAUGAAGGCGGAGACGACUUCUCUGCCGGGAAGUCGCCGCAACCCGCUGGAGGUCUUCACCAGCAUGUUCAGGCGGCGGUCCCUGCGUCCCUCCGGCGGGCCCAGCAUGACGCAGUCGUCGGACCACAUCUGGGACCUGCUGUCGACGUCGCCCGUGCGGGCCCGUAACCUGGAGCAGGACAUGGAGGCCCUGCGGCAGUCCCGCCACGACAACCCGUACCUGCAGCAGCAGAUGGAGCGCUUCUCCAUCCAGGACGACCAGGCCGACGAGCGCCAGCUGCUGUUUCCGGACGAGGACGCCGACUACCAGGACCUGCACAAGCACCUCAUCCGCAGUCCGCCGCCCCAGUUCCCGCAGGACGUCGCCCAGUUCGUCUUCCCCAGCUCGCCGCCGCCGGAGGAAGAGUCGAUGAUGGACUCGCAGCUCUUGGGUCGCUCGGCUCCGUACGCGAUCCAGGACGGCCACAGCGAGCUUGAGCAGCAGGCCAGAGACCAGGACAUGCCGCCUGAGGACGUCUACCGGAGCGUCCUGCCCAGGACGGCCGCCACCCGGUGAAGGCGGAGACCGGCAACUCCUCGCCGCCACCGCCGCUGGCUCGUUCCCGUCGGGCCUCCUGCGCUCCUCCACGGACACGUGCCAAACGAGUGGCACAUUUCGCGAAAUCGGUGGUGCGACGAGUUCGAAUGGAACCAAAAUUCGGAUCGCAGCUAGUCACCCCCCACGGCCAUUGUUGCUUCCCCGGUGUCCCCCCCUGCUCACCGCCGGAUUCCGGCUCAUCUCGGCUUCAGCGUCGCCGAAAGCCGGCCACCCUUGUACAUAGUCGCCAGCUACGCGCCGCCGGUUCUGCGAAGCUUGUACAGGCACCAUUUGCGGAGCAUCGAAUAAACGGCUGCCCGAGCUGGUUACGCGCGCUGGUCGACCCGC